CCCUAAAACCCUCUCUCUCACAGGUCGCAGCGCCUCGUUGUAUAGGGAAAAUCACGCUCCCUCCCCUUUGGAAGGCACCCAUCAGCCCAUCAAAGGGAUAUUUCAUGGCGUAUAGCCGGCAACGUGAUUUCAUGUUCUGUAAUUUGUGCGGAACAAUGCUAUGUAUGAGUUCAACUAAGUACGCUGAAUGCCCUUUGUGCAAGUCCAGGCGAAAAGUGAAAGAUAUUUCUGGAAGAGAAAUACGUUACACUGUUUCUGCAGAGGAUAUUAGAAGAGAGCUGAACAUUGAGCCAUUUGUAAAACUAGAUGGAAUUAUUACUGAAGAGUCAGAAGCCCAAAAUGCAAAAACCAAGGGAAGAUGUGAUCGAUGUGAAGAUGACACUUGGCUCUAUUAUUACACCAGACAAUUGAGAUCUGCGGACGAAGGACAGACCAUUUUUUAUGAGUGCACUAAAUGUGGACACAAGUGGUCACAGAAUACAUGAGACUCUCUGCAUACGAAGGAAGGACAGACCAUUUCUGGUGACUUGGUUUGUUGGCGGAUGAGGAUGAUGAACGGCAAUAUGAAUUGAACAGUCUUGCAGUACACGCGGUUUUGUACUUCAAAAUUAUGAAUGCACUGUUUUUUUGUACAUUACCCACCUGGGGGGGUGGAGGAUCCUUGGAAGAAGUAUUAUAAGAUC